GAAGUAGUUGAUUCAGUUAAGGUUGUAUGCGUUUGUACUAUUUCAACAAUCUCCAAAUUCCUCUGUUUUCCAGUAGAUCAACCAGGAUGAGCAGCAGCGGGAAGAAACUCAUUCAAAUUGAUAUCACCUCCGACAGCGUGUGCCCAUGGUGUUAUGUGGGCAAGAAGAAUCUCGACAAAGCUAUUGCUUCCUCAAAUCAUAAAUACUCUUUUGAGAUGAAAUGGCAUCCUUUCUUGCUGGACCCUUCUGCGCCCAAGGAGGGCGUUGCUAAGAAGGAAAUUUUUGAGAAGAAGUUCGGCCCUCGAGCUCAACAAAUAACAGCUCGAAUGAAAGAGGUUUUUGAGGGUGUUGGCAUGGAUUACGACGUGUCUGGACUUACGGGAAGUAGUGUGGAGAGCCAUAGGUUAAUCUACUUUGCUGGAAAGCAAGGGCAAGAUAAGCAGCAUCAACUUGUUGAGGAGCUAUUCCAUGGUUACUUCACACAAGGGAGAUACAUAGGUGACAGGGAGUUUCUUGUUGAAAGUGCUAAAAAGGUUGGAGUGGAAGGAGCAGAGGAGUUUCUUGCAAAUCCGAACAACGGGAUGAAGGAGGUUAAUGAGGAACUCAAGAAGUUCUCAUCCAAUAUUAAUGGAGUCCCUCAUUAUGUGAUAAAUGGCAAGUACCAGUUAAGCGGAGGGCAGCCUCCAGAGGCCUUCCUAAGAGCAUUUCAGUCUGCUGCUAGCAGUUAGCGCCUCGUUUACUGUUAGAGGCGCAGACGAGAGAAGUAUACUGUGUCCACCAUUGUUGUUGUUGUAAUACUAGAAAAGACUGUCCUUGUCUAGGGUCAGUUGAAUAAAGGAAUGUGUCGCUUGCUUCUCUGUAUCAAAUUGUCAUGGUCUAUGUACAAUGAUGAAAUCAAGGGGUUAUAUAUGAAUCAACAUUAAUCA